GAUAUGAUUUAAACACUAAAAUGGAGAGAAUAAAAACCACUAAAUUCCUUAAAGGACACCAUUCGGCAAUCACUACCAAAUCGGUUAUACAAUUCCCGUUGCUUGACACUUGUUUGAAUUUUCAGAUCAUUCCUGUGCCAGAAUACUCUACGGAGUUCAUUAAUUUUUAUUAAUCGUUCACUGUUCACGUGUUUUGGUAUGAGAAUAACAAAUAGAAAUUGGUAAUGGAAUUGUCGCAGCAACAGUCACUACUCCGUUCGCCACAAUCAACCCAAAUCAAACUUCUCGUAGUAAAAUGCAAAGAAAAAUGAUAAAUUAUAUUGAAAAAUACUUAAAAAGUAGAUAAAAAUAGAGUAGCUUUACGAGUCAGCAUUCGAAAGAGGUAUUGAUUGACCGAAUGCAGCAGCUAAAUUGAAAUUGAAAUUAUAGCCUACCAUUCUCAAACAGUAGGGUAUCAAAUAAGGAUACUAGUUUGAAAAGGUAAACCGGCAUAGUAGAUGGUAAUGUAGGGAUAGAAGAUAACUCAAAAUUUCUAGACAAAGGCAAACACAAUGAUUUAUAGAUGUUGCAAAGUAAUGAACUAGCGCGUAGUUGAACGAUGCUGGAAUAUUAUACCGGCCGUAUCAACCAACACCUACUCUCUAUGAUACUACUUUGAUACGCUAUUCUUUUGUCAAAAAGUACGGUAGAUUAACUUAGAUCAGCUAUUGGUAAUCUCGUAGGUUGGUUGUCGGUGUAAGGUUGAAGAUAAGACACACCUGUGCUGCAUGCAGAAAGCGCCGGCUCUGUCAGACUAUCGUAUUACGAGUAGAGGCAUGGUACAGAACAAAGGUACGACUUUAGAUGUAUAAAUGUUUGAAUUUUUGAUAGUUUAAUAAGAUUGGUUUGAUUCUGAAAGUAAAUGUGAUAUUGAUGCGUAAGAGAAGUAAAAACAAAUAAAAAGAAGGACGUUGCGACAAGAAAAGUACGACUAUGGAUAAGUAAAUUCAAUUGGGCCAUUGCAAAAUUCCCUAGCAUUUAAGGUUGAUCGGUUAUAAAGAGCGCUGCAGAAUUCUAUUACGGGGUACCAGAUACUAGCCAACGAAAUGAAUCUAAGCUACCCGUGCUAUAAUUGGGACAGCUAGCUUCCCAGAAAGCAAGGAGCAUGUGAUUGCAUACUAACGAGAGUGAGCGAGAAUUUUCCCUGCAACCCAUUUUAAACCUAUUCGUUUGAGACUAAAUCCACUUAAAAUCUUCUGGAAAUUACUUCGUUCAUAGUAGCAAAAGAAGAAAAGACCAGUUAUGCAAACCAUCUUAGAGUGAAGGGACCUGUCGUCCUAAUAGAGCAUCUUUAAUUCAUCAAAUCCAUAGGAACGUACUACUAAAAAAAUAACAGAAGUAGCUAAAACCUAGCGACAAUGAAAGUUUAACAACCGGGUGACAAAUCUCAAAUACAAAAAAAAAGAAUCAACUAUUUUUGUUUGCUCCGGUACAUUUGGUACUUCUGUACAAUUAAUUUUUGGUAUUAGUUUUAAUGCAAAUAAUGAGGGAAUCUAAACACAAACACUUCAAACUUCUUUUGCAAAUGGAGAAAACGGGAAAGAAGUCAACUUAGUUAUUACUCCAAAAAUUAUCAAGUUUUCUCAUGAUGAAGCUAGUUAUACGAGUAGCAGUACAAGUUCUAGUGUUGAGUAGAAUUGCAGUAAAAAUCAAAAUUAUAAAUCAAUAGAAGCAAAUAAACAAAAGCAGGCAGUGCCGUUACAUCACAAACAGACACACCUAGUACCCAGGGAUAUGCCAUGUUUGCGGUAGUAGCAAACUAACAGAGAAAAGCUCCUUUUUGCCACUCGUUAGCGUUCAAUAGCGUAUUUGCACGUAGGAAAACUUUUUUCUUUUUCACCUAUAGUCUUUACAAUUGAGCCGAUUCCUCAGCAAUCUGCGAUACACGUUGCUAUCCCGAAUCCAUAGACCGUCAAACUUGUUGCUCUAUAAUUAGGAGACAGUUGAUAGAAUCACCCUUUUCUAGACAUGUUUCUGAGUUGAUGAUCGAUUAGCUAUUUCCACUUUGUAAUCUCUCACUCCAGCGCAUGCGACUGAUUCGUUUUUAAAUGGAACAAGUCAAGCCGUCCCCACUGGGUAUCACACAAUAUCCCAAGCGAGCACUACGCGAGGGCGUUAGUGUAUGCUUUUUCCCUCUGCUCUCAAAUCGUCUAAAAUCGCCUUAUCGCCCUGAGAGAAGGAUAGGGAAAGGAAUCUGCUAUCGGCUGUCCGAGCAGACUCUGUUCGACGCGCCGAACGCUACAGCCACCAUGCAAUAAGCCAUUUUUUUAACCAAGCAGCAGCAGCACACGCAGCUAAUACAAGGUAUGCACGUCCCAUCCCACACAUUUCGUCCAUAGAGUAACACAAAGUAAAACAAAGGCAUACAUCAUAGAAGUAUCUCUUAAAUUAGGUAACAUUUUGCACUAAGAUUAUGGCGAACGCGAACCGGAAGUAAAAAUGAGAAAGCCGAAUGGAGAUCAAAUCCAAACUAAGCUGUUUAAAGAGGAAAAUCCAGAUCGGCAUACGCGAUAUUUAGUAGUAGCAUGGAAUUGGAAGAGUGUGUUGAGCGCAUACUCUCUUCUCAUUGCAACAUUAAGCCUUUCAUUGCUCUCCAGCUCUCCUACACUUAGGGACACCGUAUUUGAAGCGUGACGCAAUGGGAUUAGACCUCACCAAGUGCGCUCGAGGGAGUUGGAAAAACUUGUAGAGUUUUUCCAUUUUUUCUUUUGUAAAUACCUCUUUUUAAAAAAGGCUAACCAAACUAAGCUAAGCCGAAGGGAAUGAAGUGCAAGAUAUGUUGGGGCAGUGACAGCGAACGGAAUGCAAAUGCAAAUGGUGAAAAGCGACGGACAAUGUUGCGAGACGAUAGGAAAGAGAACAAGGAAACAAAACAGGCAAACAUUGUUUAUUUAUUAAAAUUUAAAUGAAUUAUAUACUAUAAAACUAACAUCCACUUAGGAUGCCAACUGACUCCUGUCCGAAAGGGUGCAGGAUAACGAUGAAUUAAAUAAAUUAAAAUACGAACAAAGCUAGUUAUC